UUGGUUUUUUUUUUUUUUUUCUCUCUCUCUUUUCUCAAAAUUUUAUGGAGAAAAGCAAAAAUGAUGGCCACCAUUUUCUCUCUUCAUUUUUAAGCUCUCUCUCACUUUCUUUCUUCUCUUCCGAAAAUGGUGGGUCUGCCUACCGACGAUUCCUCCGAUCCCACUCACCGACUCGACUCAGACAACAACAACAAUGACCAGCGAGUUUACUUUGUCCCCUUCAGGUGGUGGAAAGAUGCACAGGAUUCAACUUCAGGUGAAUCUGAUGCGAAGAGGGGGAUUUUGUACACAGCAACGCCAGGAACGUCGUAUGCGGGUCCCAUGAAGUUAAUCAACAACAUAUUCCACUCGGAUCUUUCUUUUAAUUUAAGGAAGGAGGAGGAUUCUUUGCACACUGGUGAAAACGGUGAGGUUGGUGUUUCAGGACGGGAUUAUGCGUUGGUUCCUGGGGAAAUGUGGUUGCAGGCUCUUAAAUGGCACACUGAUGCUAAAGUUGCAGCAAAAGGUGGAAGAAGCUUUUCGGCUGCUGAAGAUGACAUGGCAGAUGUGUAUCCUUUGCAGCUAAGACUUUCUAUUCCACGGGAAACAAAUUCAUUGGGAGUAAAAAUUAGCAAAAAGGACAAUUCAGUGGAACUUUUCAGAAGAGCCUGCAAAAUCUUUAGUGUAGACUCUGAGCAGUUACGCAUUUGGGACUUUUCCGGACAAACAACUCUAUAUUUUGUAAAUGAGAGAAAUAGAUUUCUCAAAGACUGCCAACGCCAAUCAGAUCAGGAGAUUCUCCUGGAGUUGCAAGUCUAUGGGUUGUCAGAUUCCAUGAAAUGUAGAGAAAGGAAAAAAGAUGAAAUGUCAGGACAACAUACUGCAAAUUGCUCUUCUGGUGCUUCAGUCUUGAUAAAUGGUUGCAAUGGCACUGCAAAGUCCAAUUUCAUCUGUACUAAUGCUUCAACAUUCUGUGGAAGAUCUGGAGAAGCUGGUUCUUUGGGAUUGACUGGAUUACAAAAUCUCGGAAACACUUGUUUCAUGAACAGUGCCAUUCAGUGCUUGGCUCAUACACCAAAGAUGGUUGACUAUUUUCUUGGAGAUUAUAGUAGAGAAAUAAAUCACGACAAUCCUUUGGGCAUGAAUGGUGAGAUUGCUUCAGCCUUUGGGGAUCUAUUGAGGAAGUUAUGGGCCCCUGGAGCAACCCCUGUGGCACCAAGAACAUUUAAGUCAAAGCUUGCUCGUUUUGCUCCUCAGUUUAGUGGCUUCAAUCAGCAUGAUUCUCAAGAACUUCUUGCAUUUUUGUUGGAUGGACUUCAUGAGGAUCUCAAUCGUGUGAAAAGUAAGCCUUAUGUUGAAGUGAAGGAUGGUGAGGGUCGACGAGAUGAAGAAGUAGCUGAUGAGUAUUGGCAAAAUCACCUUGCUCGCAAUGAUUCCAUCAUUGUUGAUGUGUGCCAGGGUCAAUUUAAAUCAACAUUAGUUUGUCCAGAAUGCAAAAAGGUUUCUAUAACAUUUGAUCCAUUCAUGUACCUGUCACUACCUUUACCAUCAACGACAUCGCGAACAAUGACUGUAACUGUCAUAAGUACUGAUGGAACUUCUCAACCAUAUCCAUUUACAAUUACUGUCCCGAAGAGUGGGAAAUUUGAAGACCUUAUUCAGGCUCUAAGUGUUGCAUGUUCUUUGGGGGCUGAUGAGACCCUUCUGGUGGCAGAGAUAUACAACAACCGGAUUAUACGUUAUCUUGAAGAGCCUGCUGAUUCUUUAUCUUUGAUUAGAGAUGAUGACCAACUGGUUGCUUAUCGGUUAACUAAAGACAUCGACAAAACUCCUUUGGUUGUGUUUAUGCAUCGGCAGAUGGAGGAGCAGUCCAUCCAUGGGAAACUGACUUCAAGUUGGAAGACAUUCGGAAUUCCUCUUGUUACAAGGCUUUCUAAUGUUGUCAAUGGAUCUGGCAUCCAUGGUCUGUAUCUGAAACUACUAAAUCCAUUUCAGUCACAGGCUGAAGAAGUCUUAGAUGAGAUUGAUACCUCUGAGAGUACUGCAGUAGAAGACAUUUCUCAGAAAGAGCAUGCAUCAUCUCCAGUUUCAAAUGGGUUUGAAAAGCCCCCUGAUGCAAAUGGGGUUGUCCCACCCUCAGAGGCUGAAUUACAAUUUUACAUAACAGAUGAAAAGGGAAUAGUCAAGGAAUCCCAGAUAAUUAUGGGUGAAGCAGUACGAGCUGCCGGAGCGUCUGGGAGGUUACAUGUGCUAGCAUCCUGGCCAGAAAAAUAUGUUAAACAGUAUGAUAUACAGCUUCUUAGCUCUUUACCGCAGAUUUUUAAGUCUUGCUUUUCUGCAAAGAGACCUCAGGAAUCUGUUUCUCUUUACAAGUGUCUUCAAGCAUUCUUGAUGGAGGAGCCACUUGGACCAGAGGACAUGUGGUAUUGUCCAGGCUGCAAAGAGCACCGGCAAGCCAGUAAAAAAUUGGAUCUUUGGAGACUGCCUGAGAUUCUGGUUAUUCAUUUAAAAAGAUUCUCAUAUAAUCGAUUCUUGAAAAACAAGCUGGAGACAUAUGUUGACUUUCCUGUUGACAAUCUUGAUUUGUCAAAUUAUAUUGGCUAUAGGAAUGGUGAGUUAUCUAAUCGUUACAUGCUUUAUGCCGUCAGUAAUCACUAUGGAAGCAUGGGAGGUGGUCAUUAUACUGCAUUUGUCCAUCAUGGGGGUGGUCUGUGGUACGAGUUCGAUGAUAGCCGUGUUUAUUCUGUCAGCCCGGAGAAGAUAAAGACAUCUGCUGCUUAUCUUCUUUUCUACAGAAGAGUUGUGGAAUAAAAGCAUCUGGGUCAUCACUUACCGAUUAAACCAUUUGAAGUCAGGUAUUAUUUGUUGGUGAAUAUAUCUAAAUUUUUGCUGCUUUGCAAUUAUCAAUCUCAAAAGAGUAGGCAUUCUUUCAUCUUUGGCAUUGUUUAGUCUAAGUUGAUAGUAUCUAGCAUUAAAGAGGAAGGGAGAUUAUAAACUUAGAGUAGAUGCCAGUGAUGGCUGUAACAUAGUAGCAAUUUAAGAGGUGAGAGGUGAGAGAGACUGAAGGGGAUCAUUUUUCUUUUAUACCUAUAACCAUUUGCUGGUGUCUAGCGUUUUGCGUUUUUCACAUUGUGAAAGUUUUACCAGAGGUUGUUGCUUUUAACACAUGAAAGUGUAGUUUUUGUUUACUGUUAUUGUACAACUGACGAUUGAACACUGAAUUGAUUGAUUAAAUUGCUAAUUCAUGAAUUACCAUUUUCAACAUGCCAAUGUCCAAUGUUUCAUAAUUUAUUGCCUCUCUGCACUUUUGCCUUAUCCUUUCUCUAAGAAUGUGAAUGUAGAAUACAAAUUACUUCUUCAUGCCUGCAUGCAUACUUCAAUCCAGAUUUUGCUUAGGGAAUGACUGGAAUUUUCGUGUCAUUUGAAAAGAUGGAAUCAAGUAAAUUCUCAGGAAAAAAAAGGGAAAAAUGACAUGAGAUUUUUUUCUUAACCAUAUGUAGGAUAAGAUGGAAGAUAUUAUUACCUCUUUUUCUCAAUGAGUUUUACUAGUAUAGUGGACCACAUCUCUCUUCCCCUUUUUGUGCAAGAUGUGACCUGACUUUCUUGAUAAUUGUAGUACCAUGGUACCAUGGUACCAUGAGCCCAUUCAACUCCAGGACCACAAUCCCUUGGUUCACAUUUUGCUCAGGUCCUUGUGGUUCUCAUUUCUCACUCACUUGAGUGUCAACCUUUAAUCUCUACUUGAUUUCAAUUGAUGGUUUCUUGUAUUAUCAGUUGUUUAUCUAUUGGCAUUGUAUUAAAGAGAAGAUGACACAAAUUAAACAAAAGACUAGAAUUGCAAAUUUAUGGUGUGAUCUUGCAUGUGGGGGGUCCAAUUUAUGGAAUUUGAAAAAGAAAUUUCAAUUUUUAAUUUAAAAAAGAAAAAAUAUUCAACUUAAUCAUGUGAAAUUGUCCUGGUCAGGAAUGCUGGGGUUUCCUCAUUAAAGGUCAGUGUUGAGAAUUUUGUUUCAAUUUGCAAACAUCAUGUUGCAUGUUUUGGAAUCACCCCAAACAUAUAUCUUAACAAUUGACAGAUGACAGUUGGGAUAAAGAAUUGCAUUAUUUGCAUGUGCUUGGACUGGUUCAAAGCUGUGAGAAUUAAUUCUCCAUUUUCAACAAGCAGCUAAUUCUUGUUCUCUUUUCUUUUAACCCUUUUAAAUAUUGGAUAAUUAGAGUCAGACAGUGAUUGAAUCCAACAUUUAUUUGACAAGAGCAUGUUUGAAGAAUGGUAUUAUUCUAAAAGUGGUGACAUUCUUUUUUACAAAGGAGCUUGUAAUUUGAGAUAUGAGAAAAGGUUACCGGUGACGGGAUUUGAUCAAUGAACUUGUUGAAUGUUAUCCCUUUUAAGGAUAAUUGCAUGAAUUAAUUAAGUUCGGAUUCAAUUUUUGUUUUCAUUUUGGCACAUGUUCCAAUUGCUAAAAAAUAGCCCAAAUUUCUGUGAUGUAGUUGCUUUUAGUUUCUGGAAAAAAAAAAAAAAGCCAAAGAUUUCUUGGUUUCAACUUGACAAGAAUUUUCUUGAACUUUCAAGAAACUAGA